GUGGCGCGCUAUGUCGGGUCUUGCCUGGCCACGCUGAGGAUCGGCCUGCGCGACGUCACUGGCGGCCCACAGGGCAAAGCAGCGGCGAAAGGCACGGGCAAGAGCGGCGGCAUCGUGGCAGGACGUCGCUUCGCGACAAUCAUCCCCGAGGGCGUCAGGCCCAACAUGAUUUGCUCGCACGGCGUGGAAAUGUAUGGGGGCAGGUCGGCGCCAGACCUCCCAGGCGUUUCCGCUGGCGGCGAGUUCGCAGAAGGCCGCGGGGUCUCGCUCGGCGGCCCAGGCAACGCCCUCAUGCUUGAGGUCGGCGCGACGCGCAUCAGCAACAGCUUGGUCAGCCGCUAUGGCGAGGCCAUGGGAGUCAUGGGCGACGUCGUCCGCAAGCUGUCAGCGAAAGUCGAGCUCAGCGAAGAGGAGAUCUUGGCGUUCAAGCGCUUCAACGCCAGAGUGGCAUCGAGAGCACGCGAUGGCGGCGAAGACGAUCCAGACGGACCUUCCAAAAGCAAGGCCGGCAGCGCAGGCACGGGAGAUGCCAAUCCGCUCGCGGCCUACGACGCCGAGAUCGAUUGCAUCGACAUAGCCGACAUGGAGUCGCUGGACGAUGAGGGCAAGUUCGACUUUGGCGCCGCGGACGAUGAGCAGGAAGAGCGACCAGGGCGGCCUGGGGCCAAUGCGCCUGGAGCGGCGAAUGCAGCAGAGGCGGCAGCUGCCGAGCAAGCUGACGAAGGCGAGGCAGAAGACGCGCAUGCUGGUGGGGCAGGCCCGCGCGCGGCGAUCGACAGCGAAGAGAGCGGCGAGCCGACGGCUGAGGCGGGCGAGGCCGAGAGAGAAGCCGAGCGUGCCAAGACCGGCGACGGCCAUGGCGACGAACCUGAUGGAGCCACCAAACGGAGAAGGAAAGCAGCCUUCAGCGACGCUGUCAACGAGACCUACAAAAACUACCUUCGCGGUGGCCGCAAGGCGCCCAUCCUGGACAGCAUCGAGGUGGCAUUGGCCGCUGCCCGCGACGUCAUCGCUAGGGGGUCGGCCAGGCUCGGCCCGCUUUGCAAGUGGCGAAACAGGGCGAUUCGCUUCGGCUGCGCGCUGAUGCGCCAGGCGUUCGCUGCCGGGGAUGCCGGCGCACGCGCGCGAGCAGGCCAGGGCGCGGCAAGGGCCUGCGCGGUGGCAAGCCUCGUCAGCACCUUCACCCGCCAGGUGGUGCAGGAGAUGCGCCUGCUCGAGACUUCAUCGCAGAGCGUGCCCAGCAACGCCGAG